AUGGACAUUGUCAUCGCGGAGAAAGAGCAAGAACUGAGGUCGACAUCUGAAAAGCUGAGAAGAAGUGAAAUUCUCAUUACGGAUAUGUCCAAAACAAUCGAGAAGUUUGACGAAGUACGCAACCGCUUGCAAGAAAAGCUCGAUUUGGAAAGUAUGGAACGAGCAGAAGCAGAGGAAGCUCGCCAACGUGCAGCUGCUCGCAAAACCGAAUUAGAAGCUGCUCUUGAACAAACGGAAAAACAACUGCGCAAUGAGGAACACCGCCGCGAAGUUGCCGAAAGGGAUAGGAAGAAAUUUUUGGAGAACAUCCGCGACUUAGAAGUCCAACUCGAGGAUGAAGAAAGAACGCGACAAACCCUGCAUCUUGAAAAGAUAAACCUGGAAAAGAAGCUGAGGGAGCUCGAAUCACGAAAUGUGGAACGUGAAGAAGUCAAUGGACGCCUCUCCAAGGAUAAAAGAACUCUGGAAGAGAAGAUGAAGGACCUGUCAGCCAGACUUAUAGACGAGGAGAAGAAAGUCAAAACAUUGUUGAAGCAGAAGAACAAGGCAGAGUCUGCUUUGGUGGAUUUGCAGGAGGAGGUUGAGAGGGAAAGGCAAACUCAAUGCGACCUAGAGAAUGCUAAACGAGCUGUUGAAAGCGAACUUAGGGAACAAAGAGAUUCUGCUGCGAAAAGGCUCCGAAAGAUAGACGAACUCGCUCAGAUCCUCACUCGGGAGGAUAAAGAGCUGACUCAAGUCAAACUUAGCAAUGACGAAGCGAUCGCCGCAAGGCAGCAGCUGGAAAGAUCUUUACGCGAGCUCCAGUCGCAGCUCGACGAAACCGUUGAAGAUCUGAAACAAGAGCAAGCCUUACGAGCCAAAUCGGAAAAGGCACGACGUGAUCUCACUGAAGAAGUUAAAAGAUACAAGUUGGAGUUGGAGGAGACUCAAGACAAAACUGCAUCGCACCACGCUAUGGGGACCAAACGUGAGGAGGAGUACACUCAGCUGCAGUUGGCGGAAAAUCAGCUGAAUGAACAGGCUAAUCGACUGCAGCAGUACUGUGAAGAUAAUGAGCUUUUGACCGCUAAAGUAGCAAAGCUUACUCUUGAGCUUGAAAAUGCUGUGAAAGCUCGCGAGGCUGAUGUGGAUAGGACGAACAAUCUACUGAAGAAGGUUGCAAACCUUGAUAUGACGAUAGCUGAGCUGAACGAGGCAAAUGAAGAGGCAAACAAAAAUCGUGCAAAUUUAACAUCAAAACUAAGAAAAGCCGAAGAUGAGCUAGCUGAAUUGCUGGAAUCUCAAGAGGACUAUAAGCUGGCUAUGAAAAAAUCCAAGAAG